UGCCGGCCGAGCUGCCUUCCCAGCGGAGUUCCCUCCCGGCCGGCGGCGCUCCCGAGCUUCGUCCCAGCCUCUGGCUGCAAUUCCCGCGCCCCUUGGCGUCCCGCUCCGCUCGCUGGGACGCGCCCCGACGGCGUCCGGAGCUGCCUUCGCUGAUCGUGCCCACGGCUGCCCGCCGUCCUCCCUGUCCCUUCCAGUCCCACGAAGGGGGUGGGCCCGGCCCGGGCAGCGCCUCCGAGACAGGAUGUUCACGUCCAAGUCCAACUCCGUGUCGCCAUCGCCGUCCCUGGAGCAGGCUGACGCGGACGCGCUGGACAUCAGCACCAAAGUGCAGCUCUAUGGGGUUCUGUGGAAGCGGCCGUUCGGGAGAUCGUCCGCCAAGUGGUCCAGGCGGUUUUUUAUCAUCAAAGAAAGCUUCCUGCUUUACUAUUCUGAGAGUGAAAAGAAGAGCUUUGAAACCAAUAAAUACUUCAAUAUCCAUCCUAAGGGUGUCAUCCCACUGGGCGGCUGCCUGGUGGAGGCCAGAGAAGAACCCAGCAUGCCCUACGCCAUGAAGAUCUCACAUCAGGACUUCCACGGAAAUGUCUUGUUGGCUGCUGAGUCUGAGUUUGAGCAGACACAAUGGCUCGAGAUGCUGCAGGAGUCUGGGAAGGUGACCUGGAAAAAUGCCCAGCUAGGAGAAGCUAUGAUCAAAAGCCUGGAGGCACAGGGGCUACAGCUGGCAAAGGAAAAGCAGGAAUAUUUAGACAAGCUGAUGGAGGAGACAGAAGAACUGUGCCUUCAGAGGGAGCAGAGAGAGGAGCUUGAACGUCUGAACCAGGUGCUGGAGGCCGAGAAGCAGCAGUUCGAGGAGGUGGUGCAGGAGCUGAGGGUGGAGCAAGAGCAGAUCAAGAGGGAGCUAGAACUCACUGCAAGAUGCCUCAAGGGUGUGGAACAAGAGAAGAAGGAGCUGAGGAAUCUCACAGAAUCCUUACAGCGCACACUGGAGGAACUCUCCAUAGAGAAGAAGAAAACCCUAGAGAUGCUGGAGGAAGAUAAGAACCAGCCACAGCCAUCGACCAAUCAGAGUGAGCAGCCACUUGCCAGUGAUGGUCUCCAUAGCAACCUCAGGCAGAUUGAAGAGCGGAUGCAGGAGCUUUUGGCAGAGAAGCUUCUGGCCGAGAAGCGGAUGAAGGAGAAUGAAGAACGCUCACGGGCCCUGGAGGAGGAACGGGAGUUCUACUCAAGCCAGUCUCAAGCUCUGCAGAACUCGCUUCAGGAGCUGACUGCAGAGAAGCAGCAGGCUGAGCGGGAGCUCAAGGCUGAAGUGAAGGUACGCAUGGACCUGGAGAGACGACUUCGCGAGGCAGAGGCAGCCUUGCGGAGCCUGGAACAAGGGCUCAAUUCCAAGGUUCGGAACAAGGAGAAGGAAGAGAGGAUGCGGGCUGAUGUGAGCCACCUGAAAAGGUUCUUCGAGGAGUGCAUCCGCAAUGCAGAGCUUGAGGCCAAGAUGCCGGUCAUCAUGAAGAACUCCGUGUACAUCCACAAGGCCGCCACUCGUCGCAUCAAGAGCUGCCGCUUCCACCGUCGCCGCUCCAGUACUUCCUGGAAUGACAUGAAGCCAUCCCAGUCCUUCAUGACCUCCCAGCUAGAAGCCAACAACAUAGAAGAGCUAAAGGAGGUGGCCAAGCGGCUAAGCCGAGACCAGCGCUUCCGAGAAUCCAUCUACCACAUCAUGGCCACCCAGCCUGGGGCCACUGCGCUCCCCCGGGGUGGAAAGUGAUGUCUCAACAGAGGGAGCGGGAGAAGUGUGUGAUCCCACCUGGGGAAGAUCAGCCCUGAUUGGGAGCUCUCAACCCAGGACGUUCCCCAAAGUACACACAGCCGGCUCAGGAGUGCGGAAGCCAAGGCUCCUGUAUUUUCCACAGUCGGGCAGAGCUUUAGCUGCCUCAGGCUGUUGUGGCCCUACUGCCACAGAUCACAGAGGUCUGUCUCCUUCCCAGCUGGCUCCGCUUGCUGCCUCCUCUCCCAGAAGCGGCUUCACUCAGUGAACCAAUGCAGCCAUGAACCCACCACAGGGGAACAUGGGCCCGUGGGGAGCCAGUAGCCAUUGGCUGGUUCAUUGCUGUUGUCAUAGCGACACUGUAACACCAACCUGCAGAUUUUGUGGAAGACCACUAUGUUGCAGGAGGACAAGGACCGCGUUCCUCAUCUGUGACAGUCUUAGGGGCUCAUCCCUCGGAAGCUGCCUGAGUCUAUCAUUCUCUCCAAACAAGACUAGGGGAGUGUAGUGGAGAUGUGGUGCAAUGGUUAAGGACACUUGAUGCUCUUACAGAGGACCCAGAUUUGGUUCCCAGCACCCACAUGGUGUCUCACAACCAUCCGUAACUCCAUUGCCAGGAGAUCCAACACCCUCUUCUGACCUCCACAGGCACCAGACACUCACAUGGUGCAUGUACAUACAUACAGACAAAACAUUCAUACACAUAAAAUAAAUAAAUCUUUAAAAAGUGCUUAAAAGGAGCCAAGUGGCGGUGGCGCAUGCCUUUAAUCUAACACUCAGGAGGCAGAGGCAGGUGGAUCUCUGUGAGUUCGAGGCCAGCCUGGUCUACAGAGUGAGAUCCAGGAUAGGCAUUAAAACUACACAGAGAAACCCCGUCUCAAAAAACAAAACAAAACAACAACAACAAAAAAACCAACAACAAAAUGUUUAAAAGGGACUGGGUGCUAAGACUUUGGUGGAACAAAGGCAUCCUUUUUUUUUUUUU